GUAAAACGACGUUACACGAUGUCUAUUCCAUUAUGAUCUGUAUCAAAACCGCAGCACGCAUACCUGUUGUCAUCGUUAUCACUACAAUUUACAAUUGCCACUUGCCGAAGUGGUGCGCGAGGUGUAUGACGUCUUGCGGUGUUGUAGAUAUCCAUAACAUUUAAGUUUCAUACCUGUGUUGUAUAUCGUCAUCAGAAAUCAUGAUCCGGUCCAACAUGUUAAAAAAAAAUGUAUUUCAACAAGCAAUUAGAUUUAAUGCAACAUGCAGUGCCAUUCCAAAAGUUCCAAUGUACAUUGAUGGAAAGUUUGUUGAAUCAAAAACAAAUGAUUGGAUCAAUGUGCAUAAUCCUGCUACAAAUGAAGUUAUUUCUAAAGUACCAAAAUGUACACAAAGCGAAAUGGAACAUGCAGUAGAAUCAUCCAAAGCAGCUUUUAAAUCAUGGUCAAAAACUUCUGUGAUGAGAAGACAACAAAUAAUGUUUCGUUAUCAGGAAAUCAUUAAAGCUAAUAUGAAAAAAUUGGCAGAGAAUAUAACUAAAGAACAAGGCAAAACAUUGAUUGAUGCAGAAGGAGAUGUAACUCGUGGGCUGCAGGUUGUUGAAAAUUGUUGCAAUUUUACCAGUUCAAUUAUGGGUGAAUCUUUACCAUUAGUAGCUACUGAUAUGGACAUACAUUCCUAUCGCGAGCCUCUUGGAGUGACUGCUGGUAUUGCUCCAUUUAAUUUUCCUGCAAUGAUACCCUUAUGGAUGUUUCCUGUUGCAAUUUCUUGUGGAAACACAUUUGUUAUUAAGCCUUCAGAAAGAGUACCUGGUAAUUGUAUGAUGCUUGUUGAAAUGUUAUCGGAAGCUGGCUGCCCACCUGGUGUUGUGAACAUUAUUCAUGGAAGUGUAGAUACUGUGAACUUUAUCUGUGAUGCACCAGAUAUUAAAGCAAUUUCAUUUGUUGGUGCAAACACUGCGGGUGAACAUAUAUUUACCCGAGGUUCUAAAAAUGGUAAAAGAGUACAAAGUAAUAUGGGUGCAAAAAAUCAUGGUGUCAUAAUGCCUGAUGCAAACAAAACUAGCAUGUUGAACUCAUUAGUUGGAGCUGCAUUUGGAGCAGCUGGACAACGGUGUAUGGCAUUAAGUACUGCUGUGUUUGUUGGUGAAGCUAAAAAUUGGCUUCCUGAAUUGAAAAGUCGUGCUGAAAAUUUACAAGUCAAUGCUGGCCAUAUUCCAAAUACUGAUGUUGGCCCAGUUAUAUCACCCGAAGCAAAAAAUAAAAUCCACAGUUUAAUUCAAUCUGGUAUUGACGAGGGAGCUAAAAUUCUUUUGGACGGAAGAAACAUAAGUGUGCCCGGCUAUGAAAAAGGAAAUUUUGUUGGACCGACUAUUCUUACAGAUGUGAAGCCACAUAUGAAAUGUUAUACCGAAGAAAUAUUUGGACCAGUCUUGGUAUGCUUGACUGCUGAUACUUUAGAUGAAGCAUUAGACAUUAUUAACUCAAACCCAUAUGGUAAUGGUACAGCUAUAUUUACUACAAAUGGAGCAACAGCUAGAAAGUUUACUCAUGAAGUCCAAUGUGGCAAUGUUGGUGUAAAUGUUCCUAUCCCAGUUCCAUUGCCAAUGUUUUCAUUUACUGGUACACGAGGCUCAUUUUUGGGACAAAAUCAUUUCUACGGCAAACAGGGUUACCACUUUUUCACGGAAUUGAAAACGGUUACACAGCUUUGGAAAGAAUCUGAUGCCACAGACACCAAAGCAGCCGUAUCUAUGCCUGUGAUGCGAUAAUUUUUUAAUAUAAGGCUGAUAUCUUACAGAGUUUAAUAUAAUCUUGUUUUUGUUGUCAUAAUUUUUAAUAAAAGAAAAUUUUACAAAGUACAA